UACUUCUGAAGAUCAAGGACUGUCAUUUGAUCACUUGAAAAUGUGUUUCGUCAUCUGCUAAUACUUGUCACGUUUUUGUAGAAAAUUCAAUGAAAAUGAAUAAAAAGUUAUUAUUCUUGAGUGUUUUUCUCAAUGCUUUUCUUUAUACCAGAGCAGACGACGUUUUGGGAUGCGGAGGAUUUAUUAAAAGCCAUGUACCAAUAGACUUUUCCAAAGUUCUAGUCAAAUUAUACACUAAGCAAGGCAUUUUAAAGGAUCAGACCAAUUGCGCCCCAAAUAAUGGCUACUAUUUUAUACCACUUUAUGAUAAAGGAGAUUACAUUCUGCAGCUGCAACCUCCACCAGGCUGGAGUUUCACACCAACCAAAGUAGUAUUGCAGGUCAAUGGCAAAGAUGAUCUCUGUUCCGAAGGCAAAGAUAUUAAUUUUUCGUUCAAAGGCUUUGGAAUUGCUGGAAAAGUUGAGAGUGCUGGUAGUGAUGAUGGGCCAAUUGGGGUUAAUGUGGAGUUGAAAUCAAACAAUGAAAUCAGGAAAACUGUGACCACUGAUAAAGGAGUCUUCUUUUUCACCCCGGUCUAUCCAGGAACGUAUGAGAUAACCAUUUCGCAUCCGAAAUGGAAGUUUGUUAAAGACAUAUUGCCGGUAACGGUGACGGAAGGGAAUACGGAGCUUCCACAAAAGAGCCUGAUCGUCGCAGGAUACGACUUGACUGGAUCCAUUAAGAGCGAGGAUGUACCAAUCGUCGGAGCACAUAUUGCUCUCUACGCAGAUCCAGAUAAUCAAAAUCCAUCAGUUAGGGGUUGCGACAAAUCUGAUUUGAAAGUGUUUAAAGCUAAGGGUUUCUUAUGCCACGCAGUGAGCGACACGAAUGGAAACUAUCUAUUUCCAUCGCUUUCAAACGGAAAAUAUUACGUGGUGCCAUUCUACAAAGGACAGAGCGUUCACUUUGAACCCAACAAAAUUGAAUUCACCAUCUCUCAUGACGGUGUCACCCUGAAAAAAAGUUUCGAGAUUGCAGGAUUUAGUGUAACCGGUAGGGUAUUAAACGCUCCUAACGGCGCUCCUCUCGAAGGAGCUGAGAUUAUGAUUAAUGGUAAAUCGAUUGGCACGACCUCGUCUAGCGGCACGUACAAUUUGGAAAAAAUUAAGGCUGGUACUUACACUAUACAAGUUGUCGCUAGUGACUACAAGUUUGAAUCCCAAUCGAUGAAAGUUAGUCCCAGUGUAAAUGAACUGCCUAACAUCUAUCCACAAUCGUACAAAGUAUGCGGGAAAGUAAUCAGCGACAAAAUGGAGUCCGUGCAAGUUUCAAUAACUCGCAUCGGCUCUACUCAACAUAUUGCCCUUCAAACAGAUUACAACACCGGAAAAUUCUGCCAGCACCUAACGCCCGGCAAAUACCAAGUCCAAGUUAAUGUGCCACAAUCUCAAACAUUACAGUUCUUCCCAAUUACACAAUUGAUUGAAGUAAUCUCAUCUCCUGUUAACGACAUUACCUUCUCUCAAUUGAAAGCCACGAUUACUGGAGACGUCGAUUGCCAGAAGUCCAGACCUGAUUGCGCUGGUUUGAAGGUGAUCUUUAAAGCUACCAUUGACUCAGAGCAGUACAUUGCUAAUGUGAUUGAUAACAAAUACGUUUUGAAUGAUAUGAGACCAGGCACUUAUAAGGUAUCCUUAUCAAGUAACAAUCUUUGCUGGAAGGAGAAGGAAUUCAUAAUCACCAUAACCAGUACCACACACAAGGUCCCUACCUUCGUUCAAAAUGGAUAUUCGAUCACGUUUGUUACCUCUCACGAUACUAAAGUCACUUACAAAGUUCCUGGUCAAGACGGUAAAGUUGAAGCUCUCCCACUGGCCAAAGGCAACUCUAAGCAUUGCGUCCAAAAGGCAGGCGUUUAUAAAUUUAAUUUGGAUAGUUGUCACACUUAUUCAUCAAACGUGAUUACUUAUGAUACCAAUCAAAAAGUAAACGAAAUCAUCAUCGACGCUGAAACACACAAGAACGUUUUAGCUAUCUCAGCCAACGAAGAUUUCGGUAACAUCUUCGUAUCAAUCAGCAUUGAAGGUGUGAAGAAAAUGCACGGCCCGAUCAAAUUCGGCAACCAGAAAUACCUCAUCGAAAUCUUCUUGAGCGCUGGUGAAACCGCCAUCAUAGUUCCACAAUCCGAGGAAUUAUACUUCAAUCCUCCAAUCUUGUCGAUUAAGGGAGAUGGCGAUUGCGCUGAUCUGGGUGUGAAGUUCGAAGCGAAGAGAGGAAAGGUAUUCAAGGGAAGAAUCAACCCACCCUUACAAGGUGUACAAAUUACUGUGGAGUCUGAAAACACCGAUUUGCUUUUGGACGAAUCAAACAGUGAAGGUUAUUACAAAUUCCCACCUCUAGAUGAUUCCAAACCAUAUAAAGUCCAAGCAAAGAAAGACUUCUACGUUUUAAUUGGACCCGAUGCAAACGGUGAUUUCCUUGCACAUAAACUUGCUGAAGUUGUCGUUGAAAUUCUGGAUGAAACUGAUGGUCUGCCGCUUCAAGGAGCUUUACUCUCAUUAUCGGGUGGAGAAAGCUACAGGAGCAACAUGCAAACUGAUGAGAAUGGCAAAAUUAAGUUUCCCAGUCUUAGUCCCAGCGAGUACUUCUUGAAGCCUAUGAUGAAGGAAUAUAGCUUUAACCCACCAUCGAAAAUAAUUAAAGUUGAAGUAGGAGCUUCCGUUAAAGUCCAAUUAAAAGGUAAAAGAGUAGCUUAUAGCGCAUACGGUUUUGUAACGUCUUUGAACAAUCAACCCGAGGAAAGAAUGAUUGUCGUGGCUGAUGGUAACCACAAUUGCUCCCAAUAUUCCGAAGAAGCCACCUCCGAAUCAAAUGGAUAUUUCCGAAUCAGAGGUUUAAUUCCUUACUGCUCCUAUGAAAUCAAAGUUAAAGGCGGUGUGGAUGAAAAAGACACCAUUGAAAGAUCUACUCCGGCCAGCUACGAAGUUGCAUCUAUUACAUCAGACAUUACGGAUGUGCACAUGGUUGUCUUCCGCACAUCUCCAAACACAGAUAUAAUGGUAAAAGUCCACACUGCAAAUCCAGAGCAUUACAAGAACCUCCGUGUCAAAUUAGCCAGGGAAUCAUCUCCAGCUGGUUUAGUACACUCCGUUAAAGUAGACACGAAUAAUUAUAAAAUCACCAAGGAUUACAAUCCCGGAAUCAUGAUUCAAAUCCCAUCAGUUCCGUACGACGGUAAAAGCUAUUCUUUGCAAUUGGAAUCCUCAACGCCUGCUUUGAACAAAGGCAAUGCGCAAAUCAAAUUCUUCGCUGCGGAUAGCAGCUUGAAAUUCAUACAACUCGAUUUCAUAAUGAAAUCGAGCCAAACCGAUCAACACAUUAAGCAAACCUCCAUCUGGACUCUGGCUUUCAUCUUUGGAAUGAUGAUUGCUGCUUACAACAUCGACAAGAUCGUCCAGUUGGUGAAAUUCAAAAUACCUGUCAAUAAUGUUGAGAACUUGUGGAAGCCGAAGACUGUAACACCGGAAUACGUACCGGUAGAGGAGAUCGAUCAAAUUGUAGAGAACAUCAACUCAGUCAAACGUAAAGUGAAAUCUAAGCGGAUUUAAACCAAAACCCAAUUUAGUUAAUUAAAUACAUUUUAGUAUUUUGUAUUUAUUUGUCGUCGUUAGACGACCUCUUUUAUUCUAACAUUUUGAGGAAAAAAAUAAUAAAGAUAAAUCAACUCUAAAUAAUUAACA